CAAUGAGGGAGCGGCCGCGGGUGUUACCUUCGCUGGCGUCCGGGCUGCCGGUCGUCUCCCGGAGGACUCGGACCGGUCGGCCCUGAGGACGUGAGUUACAAUUUGGAUGUGAAGUCACCAUUCUCAGCCCAACCUAGAGAAGACUGUUGACACUCAAGUUAGAAUGGUUCCAAUAACCUACCUUGCAGAAUGCUUCAGAUUCACAGAAUUUACUUUGUAAAACCCACAGCUCAGUGUCCCCUGGGGAAUGGUCCCUGAAACUUGAGACGGGUGGGGCUGAAACUGACACUGGACUCCAGCUGAACCCAACCCCUCCAUCCUAGUCCUGAGAAGUGCUCCGUAGCGGCCGGAUAUCCUGAUACCCCUGUAGGCCCAGGGGACUGUGGGGGUGUGGUAUUCACCGCUGCCUGCCGCACAAUACCACGGGUACUUUGCAUGGGAAUUGGGGGACGGCCUGAGGAUGGAAGGGGGAAACAAGCCCCAAGUGAAUCCUGGUAUUCUCCAUGGGAUGAUAACUGAAAGACAAUACGAGAGGUGUAAGACUCUUCCAUUUAGAUCCACAACUUCAAAUUCUCAGCAUGGAAAACUCAGAGAAGACAGAAGUGGUUCUCCUUGCUUGUGGUUCCUUUAAUCCUAUCACCAACAUGCACCUCAGGCUGUUUGAGCUGGCCAAGGACUACAUGAAUGGAACAGGAAAAUACAGGGUUAUCAAAGGCAUAAUUUCUCCUGUCGGUGAUGCAUAUAAGAAGAAAGGACUCAUCUCUGCCCAUCACCGACUUAUCAUGGCCGAACUCGCCACCAAGAACUCAAACUGGGUGGAAGUUGACACAUGGGAGAGUCUUCAGAAGGAGUGGGUGGAGACUGCCAAGGUGCUAAGACACCAUCAGGAGAAACUGGAGGCUAGCGCCUGUGAUGACCAGCAGAGCUCACCUGUGCUGGGAAGGCCUGGACGGAAGAGGAAGUGGGCUGAACAAAGACAAGAUUGUAGUCAAAGGAAAUCCCCAGAGCAAACAAAAACAAAAGAUGUGCCAAAGGUAAAGUUGCUGUGUGGAGCAGAUUUCCUGGAGUCCUUUGGUGUCCCCAAUCUGUGGAAGAGUGAGGAUAUCACCAAAAUAGUGGGAGAAUAUGGGCUUAUAUGUGUUACUCGGGCUGGAAAUGAUGCUCAGAAAUUUAUCUAUGAAUCCGACGUGCUGUGGAAACACCAGAACAACAUUCACUUGGUGAAUGAAUGGAUCACCAAUGACAUCUCAUCCACCAAGAUCCGACGAGCAUUGAGAAGGGGCCAGAGCAUUCACUACUUGGUACCAGAUCUUGUCCGAGAAUAUAUUGAAAAGCAUAAUUUGUACAGCUCGGAGAGUGAAGAGAGGAAUGUUGGGGUUAUCCUGGCUCCUUUGCAGAGAAACAUUGCAGAAGCUAACACAGAAGAAAUUCUCUAGCAUGAUGUUUUGGGCUUCCUUUUUGGGAAUUUGAAACAAUAUGGGUGUUACUAACCGGGGAAAGGAAUUCUGGUCCUCUCUAAUAAACUAAAGUUUGAAAGUUGGGUAAAAAUCAGUGGUAAAUUAAAAUCAGGUUUAUCUUUUCAUCAGAAAUUGUGAUGAAUGUUUUCAGUAUUUUUUUUUGAAUAUGCAAGUCCCUUUAUCUUUAAAACAAGAGUUAGCAGCGCUGAAACCAAAAGAACAUUCAGUCAGACUAACCACAAAGCAAAUUUAAAAAGGAUAUCCUGGCUUUACCACAUAAAGAGAAAGUAUGAAAAGUUAAGAGUCCAUUUGAGAUCCUAACUUUAGGUAUGAAGGGAAUGAACAUUUUAUGCAUGCCUGUUUCUGGGCAGCCCUCACCCAUGGUGGCCAAAGAAGUCAUUCUCAAAGUAGUGAACUUGUAAAAUGCAUCGCUGAUGAGUCAUCUCCAGCUAUGCAAAAUGCAGUCUGUGAAUGGCCUGGCAGAAACUUGAUGCCGGUAGUUGGUUCUGUGUAGCACACAUCAGAAGGCCAGUGAAGCUUUGCUAAGGCACGCUUGCCUGGAGCACCACCUUUGGAGGUAGAGAGAGGGGUCCAAGCCCUCUAGUGUUUAGAAAGGUGCACAGGUGUCUUUGAUGCCCACAAGAGCUAAGGAGUCUCCUGCCUCUGCAUGUUCUGCGCAUUCUCUUAGCACAGCCCAGCUGCAGCUCAUGUUCUAGUCCUGGCCAUCUGCCGACCUUGUACCUUCAGGAACAACCUCAGAGGGGACGUCGUUCCACCUGGAACAGAGAACCACAGACAGUGGGAGAUCUCAUUCAAGGGCUUUAUGAAGCAUGAAUGCUCUUCACUUUACUGAUAGCUUAAUAAUCAAACGAUGAAUGGAUGUGAGGAAUGCCACACUGGGCCAGCCCAGCAGUUCCUUUAGCUCAGAAUUUUGGACACUGGCCAAUGACUUGUGGAAGAACCAUGAUCCAUGAUCUCAAGGUGAAACACUUGAAGAGCCCUGCUGUUCCUCUCCGGCCCACUGCGAAGCUGCCAUUUGUGAAUUUAAGCAGAAAAAGAGUCUGUUUUCUUACACCUUUUCUCUUCUUGUCCUUUGGUAUGAAGUUUAACCAAAGUAGAGCACUCAGAUAAUAAGUGAAGUCAUAGCUUCACGUUAAAAGCACAAACCUGUUACAUGGUUUGCUACAGAUUAGAAUUUUGUGGAAGUUCUACCAGUUAGGAAAGCAAAAAAGACCAGAAAUAGCUUUUUCUAGAAUAGUUUUAUGGUUCAUGAAAAUCAUAUUGUGAUAGAAACAGGAGUGAAAUUAAAUUUCAAGUGAAAAUAGAAUAAUCUACCUUUACUUACCUGUCCCUAGUAAUUUACACUUCAUACCUACACCAGUCUAGUUGAAGGAGAUACACCUCUGCGGAAGAAGAAAAAAAAACUUACACCAGUGGAAUUUUAUAGUCAGGUCUGAAUCCACAGGCUAACAAAGGAAGAUGUUAAAUAAAAUUGGCAAAUUUGUAAAUUCUGCAGCUCCUGACUUAUUCUCACUAAAGCCAAGGAGCCAGCUUCUCGAAGACAGAGGGGAGUGCAGAGCCUGGCAUCUAGUAGUUACAGUCUCUUGCCUGCCGGAUGAAUGAAAGGUUAUGAUCGCAGAGUGUGGAGAUGGUCAUCCUCAGCUUUUUGGAGUUUACCAAGAGUUGGAACAGCACCGACAAGUAACAAUCUAGAAGCGGAUGAAGCUGUCAGAAUUUAAGUUUGAUUUCUUCUUCUGGAAAACUUCGCUCAGGUCAUCUGAAGUACGUGUGAGCUGCAGGGAGAUUCCAGUGCUAGAAACUUCUCUUCUACUGUGAUGCCUUUCAACCCAGAAGUGCCCACACCCUGCUCAGCUGUGAGUACACUGACUUCAGGACCCACUGGCUAAGGCAUAUGGGGACCCUCCCAGGAGACCUGGUGACAGUGAAAUGGUCCUAUUAUUGUGCUGUUUAUGGAUCAACAAACUUUGGACAUAGAACCAGCUACUUGGCUUUUUGUCCCAGUACCAAGAAUGCUGCUAAUGAAUGCCACAGUGUCAUAGCAUAGUUUUGGGUAUCCUUAAGGACAGAACUUCCUCUUCAGAUAAUGGAAAUUAGGACAGUGAAUUUCACAGCGGGUUAGAUAUUAGUUAGUGGUGUGACUUCCAUUGAGGAAGAUGAAAAUAUGCCAUUGUUUACCCCCUACCAUGCUAUGUUCAUACUUGGCUUUUGUGACGUGAAUUUAGAGUUUAGGAAGUAAUGUCGUGCUGGUGUUUUGUUUGAUGCUGGUGUUCUGUGUGUGCGGUACUCCUUUACCCCUUCCGUUGUUUGUGUAACCUGACCCAGCAGACGAGCCCUGAGUAAGAGCCCUUCGCUGCAGCUUCAUUCAGCUGAGCUUGCAGCACGUGGAGAGGUCUUGCGUAGUUUACCUGUUCAGUGGACAAGUGUGAACAGCACUUGUUAGCAGUUCCUUGGAACUAGGGCAGUGACUGUCCAGUCAGAUUCUGUCAAGCGGUUGAUUUAGCUUCAUCUCCUUGCAUCAAAGGAUGCUCGCUCUUUUUCUGCCCCCUUGAGUAUCUCAUGAUAGGGUGGGAGGAAACACCUCCCCAAGGUCAGCAUGCAUGCACGGUAGUGGCAAGGCUGCUGUCAUCCUUACCCCAGCCUCUCGGAGUCACUUCUCUGGGAGCCCAGAAGUCACUCUGUUAUGAAAUGGCUCCUUUAACUGUAUUUCUGAGUGCCAUGGGACAUCCAUUCCUGCCAUUCUCGUAAUUGUUCCCAAAGGCUUCUUGAUCUAAAAUGUCCACCGCAGCAUCUAACUGUGAGGAUGCAUAUCCCGUGUCCAUCUCUAAAAUCUGUACCUCAUUUAUCAGUGGUGCUGUUUGAACUUGACAGUGCCAGCGCUUACUGAGCACGUCCUGUUUGCCCGGCACGUGCUACCGUGUGCCUUAGAUACAGGAGAUGGACAUGAUUCGGUGACUUGUGUAAAUAGCAAAACUGAAGCUUGAAUGAGCAGUUUGUCUACAGAACCCGUGCUCUUAACCUCUCUGCUCCUUGUAUAACAUCAUUACUUUUCAGAGAAUGAAGUUUUAGCCCAAUCUUCACAUUUUCAUCACCUAAAGUGGAUAAAUGCAAAUAAAUACAACUUUCAACAGUAUGACAGUCUGGUGGGUUCAGUCCACACAGGUGGACUCAGUUGAACUUGCCCAGUGUUAGCAGCUCUUGGAACUAGAGCAGUGAACACCUGCUCAGAAGGCGGGACCUGAGCCACAGUUCACUCCUAACCAGCAGAAAGAGAAAGAAAAGCACCCAGGUGCCCGUGCUUGUGGUGUAACGUCAUCCUGCAGCACGGUGGCCUGUGAGACAGAGAGGAAGGAGCUUCUGCCUGGGAGGUGGGUUUCUAGGUCCCGGCAUGUCAAUCAGCCGACUGGUGGGAGUCAUUUGCCUCUCAGUCCCCCUUGGUAGAAUAAAGCGAUGAUCUCUGAGGCCCCUUCCAGCUCUGAAGUGUUGUGGCCCCGAUGGAGAGAUGCCACUCGCACUGGCUUCUCAUCUCUCUGAGCUGCCACCUGUCCCUUCCCUUCUGCAUGACCAGGAAGCGUUUCUCAGAACACUCGUUAUGUGAGAUGCCAAAGGGAGCACAGUCUUUGCCGCCAGGCCGCCUGUGGGGAGGCAGGGAGGAGAAAUGCUGUAUUUGAAGCAUCAGCAAGGAAUAUUCCAGAGUCAUUGCUGACGGCUUCCCAAAAGAGGGCCCACAGGUCCUGCGGGACAGGAAACACAGGACAGAGGGCGUUGCAGGUGGGGCUGCUGCCACUACAGAUGAUUUGUUGUUUAUCGGAAGUUUGAAAAGUCCUGUUUCUGUUUUGUUUUUUGCCAACUGAGGCAUCUUAGAUGGAAAGAAAAAGCUGAGGAGAGGUGUGGGGAAGAACGGACCAGGGCUUCGACUGAGGCCAGGCGCGGGGGAUGGGAUGUGGGGGCACACAGGAGGGAGGCUGGGAAAAAACAUGAGGUUUUUGACCUGCUACAGCGCCACCCGGCACAUGGUGGAGAUUCCCGUUCUCUGCUGUGACUCCUCCUCGGGGCAGCUGGCCCUCCUGCUGGUGAAGUUACCACCUCCAUUUCAGCACUGGGAGUCAGGUCCCUUUCUGCAUCAAGUGUCGUAUAAGUCUGAGUGACUGCAGCGGACACUGUUUCCCUAAUCAAGUUAAACUGCUUGAUAAGUUUUUCCAAACCAGUGGGUAACAUGACAAAAAUUACACUUUAAAACAUUAGGGAAAUUUUCAAACAUAGACAAAAUUAGUGAUAAAAGUAUAACGAACCCCUGUGUAUCCAGGUCUUGCCCUGGAACUGGAUCAAGCUCCCUGAUGGCAUUGCUUCCUUGAGUUAGGGAGGGGAGGUACGGAUGGGGUGCAGUUUACCAUAAUGUCCACCCCAUUCUUUGCUGGACCAGUGUCAGACUCCAUCGGGUGCUGGAAGAGUACGUCCACUCCGAGUGCCCUCAUCAUUCCCAUCCAUUACCACUAGGAGAAGCAGGGCUUUGACACAGAUUUGGGACCUCACGUUGGCUCUAAUUUUAUGGUUUACUUUGCCAGUAUCAAAUAGAACGAAAGAAGGGGCUCACAUUUGGCCAAGUAACUUUCUCUCCUCUUUCUUCUCCAGAGAUAACUUUGGUCCUAGUCUAGAAGAAAGGUCUUGGAAUUGUAGAGGAGAAAAUUACUCCUCCCAUGGGCAAAUCCAGGCUAUGCCCACUCCAACUGAAAUUCAGCCCUACCCGCGAUAGAUGGCUCUUGCUCCAGCUGGCAGAAAACCACAUGAACCAGCACAAAAGCUAAGCCAUUGUUAGUUAUUUCUGUGCCUUUCAUUUUUCAGGCCAACGUUUAGAACAAUGAGAGUUUAAGGAUAGGAAGGAAAUAUGAUUUCUCUGUGUCCUGUUCCCUUAGUCAUCUGGAUCUUAAACAGGUUUCAGAAAUCUGGUCAGAGUUCAUAGUUCUGUGCCCUUUAAAUGGCAACGUACAACUAAUCUCAGGGUUUGAUGUCAGCCUGUCAUAUUCCACCAAAGGAAUCAAUGUUUUAUCAUUACCAGAACCAGUAGCCCCAUUCUGGGCAAGGCAAUGUCACUCUGGUUUCUCAAUAAAAAUGGCGUUUCUUCUUUGGAAA